AUGGGAGGCUCUCCAUCUAUUAAUGCUAAUAAUGAAGUAAAUCGCCAAGAGAAAUUGCAAGAAUUAAAUAAGAUUAGUUUACCAAAUUGUGAUAUAAAUUCUGAACAUAAGAUUAUGCAAUUAAAUAUGGUGUGUGUGGAUGAAAGAUGUGAAUUCCACCAAUAAUUGAAUCCUUUAUGUGCUUAAUGCCUAGAAGAAUAAAUCCAUAAAUUUCCAAAUCAUUAAAAUACUUCUGUCCCUUCUAUUUUAAGAGAAAUAGGGAAUCAAGCACUUUAAAGUGAAAAAAUAAAAUUGUAAUAGAAAUCUAACUUAUUAGCAUAACAAAGAUUAGAUUUUAGCUCAGGUAUUGCUUCAAUCGAAUAAAAUAGUGACAUAAGUUCAUGCCUUGAAGGUAUAAUAAAAAGCAUUGAAUGUAUUAAAGCAACUUGUAGAAUCUUAGAAAAUAAUGUUAGAGAUGUGAUCAGAAUAUACUCUGAGACAAAAAAUUAAAUAUUGCUAAAUUCUAAUUGGAAUGUAAUUUGUAAAUAGUAUGAAAGUAUAACUUAGCAGCCAUUAACUAGUUAAACCUUAAAAAAGUGUUUAGAAGAGCUUAGGUAUUAUUGUAAGAUCGAAGAAAAGUAAGUCCUACUUUUUGAUUUAGAAAAAUCCAUUAACAAUUAUUUAGAAUAGGAUACGACUGAUUAUGCAAAGUAAAUGAUAGGAUUAUGUAAAAGAAUAGAGGACAUGGCAAAAGGAGCAAUAAAUUUAAGCAAGCCAUAAAAUUUCAACUAAUAUAAGUAGGAUUGUUUGUAGGAUUUAAAGAAAGCAAAAUAGAAGCAAGAUCAAAUUAGAUAAAAUGAAUAGGAAUAAUAAAAUGAAUUAUAAGAUUCAUACUACUCCUAUAACUAAGAAGCAAAGUAGAAUUUAGAAUCAUAUAAACAGCCUAAAUAAAGUGUAAGUCCUUAAAAGAGACAAUUAAAUUCUAGUCACAUCGAUUAUCAAAAUAACAGUAUGUAUUUUUAAUAAAAGAUGUAUACAUCUUCUCCUCAAAGAAAUAAUUAACAUGAAAGAGAAGAAGAAAAAAAUAUUUUUAAAGAUAGCAAUUUAACAUAUUCAAAAUAAAUUAAAACAACUUAAGCUUUUUAUAAAGAACAAGAAUAUAAUUAAAGAAACUUAAGCCCUUAAAGAGAAAACAGUUAGUUAAAGAAAAUGCAGCAGACAGAGCCAUAAUUUAUUUCUUCUAAAAGGAUGACUCAUUCCUAACUAACAGACUAUAUAGCAUAAGAGAGAUAAGGUUGA